UAUUUUGACAGACGGAGCGGUGAAUGUGUCGGUGGAAGAGAGAGAACUGAGGAUCUCCGAGAGACUAUGUUCUCUAAGCAUCGUAUUAGGGAAUUUUUAUUUGUCAAUUCUGAACUCUGGGUAGUUCAGUAAUAAAAUUAGGAUCUUCUCAUAACGAAUGCAAGAGCUUUUAUAAAUUAAAAAAUAUACAAUGUCGGGCCAACAAUCGCAGCGAGUGCGAAAAAACGUUUCUCCCGGUGGUACCGCUACAAAGCAGGGUCCUAUCAGGGCUAUAGUUCCAUUGUCUUUAAUGCAGACUUGUAGUCCUACGAGAUGUCUAAAGAGCAGCCCUUCGAAUUCACCACCGGUCACUUGGUCAAGCGAUGGAACAAAAGUCAAAACACGGCUGUCGCCUGACAAUAGGAUAUCGCCCGAAUCCCAGUCCACUUCAUCGCCAGGUUGUAGAGCUGAAAAGUCCAAGACUUUGACCAAGACGCCAGUGAGUUCUUCCUCCCCUUUCAUCAGGAGGACGGCUUCGGUAGACACCAUCUAUCUUUUAGGGCAAUGGCAGAGGGAUGCUUUAUAUCUAAGUUACUGUGGCCGUCUCAUGAUGGAUAGAGCUACUCAGACACCUGAAGAAUUUGAAGAGGCUGACCGGAGAAUGCCACAGAAAAAGUGUUCAGCUGCUUCAAAUGAAACAUUAGAAAUGAAAUACAUCCGCCAACGUCUGCAAAGGACCAAUCAUGGCAGGCCCUCGAGUGCCCACCAACGGCAGAGUCCCAUUCAAGGGGACCACUCCGCCAUAUCAUCGUCCGCCUACGGAACCUCGUCUCCGUCCAUCUCCCCCCAUGCCAACAAUGCCAGCGCCACCUACUCCUCCUUUGCCUCUGCCUCUUCGCGCCCUCUUCCCAUACCCAUACCUGACAUUCCCAAACAACCUCUCAUACCCAGGAUGAGAAGCAGUGUUGAAGGACUCAAUCAGGAAAUAGAAAGAAUAGUGCUAAAAGAAAUAUCAGGUGCUGAAGGAGAUGACACUGAACGAACAUUGGAACCAACACCUGAAGGCCACAGAGCACCUAUUGCUGAUUUGUUCCGUCAUACUCAGAGUGUAAACACACAGACACCCUUUGAUCGUUGUGAUAGUUGUUACAGCAGCAACAGUUCUACAAGUGGCAGUAAGUCAGUAUCUCCUAUUGUUCCAAUAAUGCCUGGGCAAAUGGACAGUUCAAGACCAUCAAGUACAGAAGGUAGCAAAGGUGGUUCUCCUGACUUAGAAGGCACACAUAAACUGGCAACCAGUCCACAUAUUAAUAAAUUUUUAGCUAGAGAACCUCCUGAUGGUUGUGAAAAAGUAAAAAUAGCUGAGGAAACUAGGAACUCAAGUGGUGCUGGAGAACUUCACAAGUUUAGCUGUCCUAAGCCAAGCAUGAAUUUUGUCCUGCUUCCGAGUCAAAGAUCAGCCUUCGACCCACUCUGUAAGAACUGCGGCGCUCUCUCAACUCCCAAUGGUGACGUUGUCAAACCUGGUGCUCCAUCCGCUAGCAAAAAGACUUCAACAAAUUGAACUGAAUCUAAACCAAAUGGAAAUACCAUCCACCGUACCUUGUCUUCACUCUGCAGAGGUUUUGUCCCUUGCAUGGAAAGAAAAAAAAUAAAAUGUUUGUAGUUUUAGGGUUUGACAAACUGGUGUUUUUCAGUCUCACAACCUUCCCUCCCCUUCGAUGACAAUGAGUUAUUAUUUUGUAUAUGUCUGACUGUAUAAUGAUUAUAACCUAGAUAUUUGUUUUUCCACAAAAGUGUGUUUGUACUUGAUUGUAUCAAUAUGGUUUUUUUCUUCUUUUUUAAAUUGCUGUUAUAUACUUGGUAGUUGUUUUGUUUAGUGAAAUGUAAUGAAAUGCUAGUACAAGAAAAUGAAGUCUGUGCAGAAUUUCCAUUGCAAACUGCAGUCAAGGCACUUGUCGUGGUAAUGUGUUUACUUAUGGCUGAUGAGAGAUUUCACAAGUGUGGAUUUUUGUGUCUAUCUAUAUGCCAUAUAUAUGGAUAGAAUUUUAUUUGAGAAUCGUACUUCUUUUAGUUGUCUGUGUAAUAUGUAUUCUGCAGUUUUUAUAAAUUUCAGUAUGAAGUGUUGUGUUGAGAUUUAGGAAUUGAAAAUCUUUAAUGAAACUAUUGUCAUUUUGAAUUUAUUUUCUGGAAAGGGACUUUUUUUUUGUUAAAAUCUUGGUGCAUUUUAUAAUAAAAAGUCUUCAAUUAAAAAAAAAUCAUCUCUAAUUCAACAAAAAUAUUUUUUUUUUUCUUUUUGUAAAUGAAUGUGCCAUAAAUAAGAAAGACAUUUAAAAGAAAUUAAGAUUCAUAUAUGUUUUAACUGCUAAUUUUCUUCAUAAAAAUUAUAGACAAAUAAUUUUGAAGCUGUCCCUUUUCAGGAUUCUAUUAGAUAUUUUCAAAAUAUCUGAAAUAUUUGUUUUGCAUUAAUUUGUAAAGGUAUUUAAGUAGCAAAGCAUGAAGUAUUUUUGUAUUUUGUGCUAACUAAUAUGCAGACUGUUCAUGUUGACAAAAUGAAGGUGAUGUCGGAAUUAAGUGGCAGUCUGCUAUGAUGCUAGAGAUAAGAACAUGCAAUGAUGGGUGUGGAUGAUAGGUUAUUUAAAAAUUCAGACUAUCCCAUUGUGCCUCACUUUUUCAAAUUUCAGGGCAUUAGCUCAUUUCAUUUUUUCACUUCAUGACCAUAGCACUCAUACCACAUGAAAACUAAUGGACAUCCUAUGGUAAUAACAAUAGUAGUUCCUAUAUUUGGGAAGCUGGUGUCGCGAUAGUGUACUGCAGAGGCCUGCUUCGUCUCCAAAACAUUUUAACUUCAUAUCAUAUUGAAAAAAAAGUAUGCCACAAAUGAAAGUGGAAAACUAGAUUGUAUCAAUUACAGUAAUAAAACCAUUUAAAUAAUUAAUUCAGUGAAAUCAAUUUAAUUUUUUUACAUUCAUUUUCCAAAGAUUUCUCAAAUUAAUUAGGAAUUUAAGCAUUUUAGAGGUAGUUAACUAAAUUUCGAAUAAAAUUCUAUUCCUGGAUUUAAAGAUAAAUUCCAAAUGAAAUUCAACAAUUUUAUUUGCUCUACAAAAGAAAUAAAAUUAUUGUUUAUUGAGCCAUUAUGUAUGUUUUACAUGCAAGGAAAUGUAAUAAAUUUAUGUGAAUAAAUAAAGAAAAAGUGUAGUUGCAUGUAAAAGUUUGCAUGCAUAUUAGAAUUUAGCAAAUUUUCUCUUUACUUUGUUUAAAUGACAUUUGGGACAAAACUAAUAUUUUUAAAAAAUUACGUAUUUGGAAACUUUUGGGAAAAUUCAGAUUAAUGAAAUAUUUUAUUUUCUUUGAAUUUUGGAAGUUGGAACUGAAUGGAGACUAAAUCAAAUUAAAAAUUUCUGUUUAAGGCUUUCUGGUUGAGAUAUGAAUGUCCAUUCCUAAUAUGAAUGUGGAAAUACAAUAAGUGUACGGUCAAAUUAUAUUGUGGAUAUUUUUUUUUUCAUAAUUAAUUGCAUUUUUGAAAAUGCAUAACCAUGGCCAUAUAUCUUUGAAAAAAUAUUCAUGUGUUUUUAAGAAUUUUAUUUGUAAGUUGAAUAUGAUUUUAAAUUAAAGAUGUCAUUGUAUAAUUUUUAGGAGGAUGGAUAUGUUUAAAGAUUUAUUGAAAUUAUUGCUGUUCAGAUUAUUAAUAUUGUUUCUUUGAAAUAUUUCUGGUAGGAAGGUAUUUUUGUUUAAAAGAUAUAUUUUUAAGAGCAUUCUUUUUUUUUAAUUGUGUUUUUGAAUAUAUAUGUUCAGUUACAAGGAGUCUGAAUGCCACAAUUAUAAAUAGUUUUUAUUCCUCUUCAUUACCCAAAUUAUCAACAUAUUUUACAAAUGUGGUCUUAUCAAAACAUAUCUUCAAGAUUUAAUUUUUUUAAUCCUUUGAAUUUAUUAUUUUCAUAGAUAUAUGAACCAUGGUGCAUUCUCAUAUUUUUAAAGCAUACUUAAUGGAAUAUAAAUUUAUUUCGUAUUUAUUUCUUUGUGAUUAUGUCCAUGUUGAUCUUUUGGACAUAUGCUUGAUUACCUGAAGACUUGAUGUGUUAAAGCAAGUAUUCUUGAUGUUUAAGUGAAUUGUAAUUCAAAUACUUAAGAAAGCUUUUGACAAUGAAAUUAAUGACAGAAAUUUUUUAAAAGAAAUAUACUGAUUCAUACUCAAGAUGAUCCCUAAGAACUUACGAAAGGUAUAUUUGCAUAUAUUUUUGUGUAUGGUAUAUGAAUUGUGGCCGUUUAUCACAGAAAUAGCACCUACUAAACAGCACAAAUAAAAUGGAUAAACAUAAUGAAAAAUUUUACAAGAUUGUUAAGUUACUGGAACUUUUUUGUAUCUUAAUACAAUAUUUGCACUUUCUUAUAUAUGAAUAGUUAAUGUGAAAUUGUUUUAUACAUAUGUAUUACAAGCACUUUUGUUGAUAAAUGCUUCUUAUGCAAGUAAGUAAAAAAAACACAUCUGUAUAUAAAGUAAAAUCUGAAUAACUUUUGAAAUUAAAGUGCGAAUUCAAUUUUAAUUUCCAAUAAUCAUUUUUCAUUUAUGUUGCGUUAAAUGUGUUCUGCUACAACAUUAAUGUUUAAAGUUCUUUUCAACAGUUGAAUAUAAUAUAAAGGUUAGUAAUUUUUAAAAUCUGGCUUGGAUUUCAAGUCAUUCAUAAUUCUCAAGGUACAAAAAAAUAGAAUUAUGAAUAAUUCAUAUUAGCGAGAAAAGAUGCAUUGUGGGAAAACUUUACUAGUUUUAACAUUAUUUCAGUUCUUCCUAAAAUCUAAUUUAACAUUGCAGAAUUUCUUUAGCUCUGCUUAAUUUUUGAAGUAUAAUUUUAUAGAAUUUCUUUUUUUGUCUUAAAGUAUCUGUGUUAUUUUUCCCCUAUAACAAUUUCUUAUUAAAAGUGCUAAUUUCUCUGAACUUCAUUGAUAAUAUGAUAUAUACUAUUCCUGGAAUGGUAAAAAAAGAUCUUUUUAGUAUUGUCUUUUAUUUACAAGAUUUUUUUUUAUGAUGUGAGAAGAAAUGAUUUGAUUAAAUGAUAAUUAUUCAUGGUUUUAUAAUAUUUUGCCUUUAUAAUAUUUUCCAUUGUUCUAAUAUUCUUUUCAAUUAUCCGCUGCUGUGAUUUAAACAUUCUACUUAAUGUUUUAUGUUGUUUGUGAAUUGCAUAAUAUUUAUAAAAUUGCAGGUCAGUAAAACAUUUCUGUACAAAAAUAACAAUUUAGAAAAUUAAUGAUUUUUAACUUUUGUUAAUUGAUCACUUUUAUAUUCAGGGUACUAUUUUUUCAUAGAUCUAUGCUAAGCUAGAGAUUUGAGUUGUUUUUUUUAGCUGUUGUUCUUCCUUUAACUUCAUGCUGAUAGAAAUAUUUCUAACAUAUGCUUGCUAAACAGUAUUUUAAAGUUAAAAAAAAAGCAGUGGAUAAUUUUACUUUUAUUUAUUAUAAUUAUUUUAAAGUGAAUAAUAUGUUUUGUAUAAAAUUGUUUAUUGUGAAUUUGUCAAAUGAUUAAGCUGUUCUAAUUUCCCCCUUAUAUGAUGGGAUUCUCCCCUCCCCCCCAAUUUUCAAUUUGAAAGACUUCCUGAAAGGAGGCUUUGUUUUUUGAUGACAUCAAGUUCUUUCAAGUUUGAAAAAAAAAGAUUGUUGUGAGCAAUUAAUGACGUGAAAUUGUGUUGUGCUGAUAAAAGGGAGUGUAUAUAUGAAAUUUAUGCAGCCACAUAUUUCCAAAAGAAAGAAUAAAAAUUUCCAGUUUGUGUGUCACGCAAACUAAAGGAAUCAUGUUUAAAAGUGUUAAGUGCAGAACUUGCAAAUAGAGUGCCUCACACCUGUUACUGCAAUAAAUUUGCAUGUUGAUGGUGUUGACCUCAAGAUAUCGAGCUGCCUUUGGUGUAAAUGAAAUUGCUGCCCGUUUGCUUGCUUGAUAAGUGUAUUGUUGCAUGGAUGCUUAUGAAGACUUGAGAAUUUUCCGAUAUGAGCUUAUUCAAAAAGAUUUGCCACAUGUUAUUAAAAAAAGCCUUUCCCUCUUUUUGAAAGUUUCUUGUAUUAAGGAAAAACCACUAAGUUUGUUUUCUGUGGUUCAUCUUUUGCAUAUUUUUACCGAAAUGGGAGAAUGAGCUGUUAAGGUAAAAAAUUCACAGAACUAGAUUCAUCUCAGUUUUGUACUAUAAAUGUAUUGGAUUUAAAAAUUAUUUCAUUUAACAAAUUAAUUUUUAACGAAUUUUUAUAUUGUGAGAAUUGAUUUUGGUUUCUAUAAAGUUUUGCUUACAUAAGCUAUUAAAAUAAUAUCUAAUUUUUUGGAAGUCAGAUUAAUAUUUGUGCAGCUGUUUAAAAUUGCAGCAAACUAUUACAUUAAAUUUUAAAAUUUUGUACAAUUUUAAUAUUGUGCUGAAUUCUGGAUAUUUGUUGCAAGUUUUAUUAUAUAUAAUGAUUGCUGUAUUUAUCAUUUAUUUAGUCUUCCUGAUUAGUUACUGUUUAAUUUGUUUGGUUUAUUUAAUAUACUUCUGCAUAUUGGCAAUUGUGGCAGUGGAGAAGGGAUCUAAACCUUUAUUAUAUAAAUGUUGAUGUUUACAUACCCAUUGCCUUAUACACAACAAAAUUUCUAAGCGGCCAAAAAAGAAAUGACAAAUUUAAAGCUGUGUAACACAUCACUGGACCAUCUCCUUUCUAUAGAUUUAGCUCUUAUUUAUUUUUAUAUUUAUCGUGGAAGAGAUUUCAAUUUUUGGGGAAUUGUUGAACAUCUUUUCCAAUUUUGCAGAUGAAUUCUAAUUCAAAUCUCUCUGCUCUUACCUCUGAAAUUUCUGGACAAGAGCACAUUUCUUUCUAGCAAAUAUUUUCAAUUUUAUAUCUGUUAGCAGUUUUGGCAGCUUCAAAUACUUAGGAAACUUACUGGGUUCUGUUUACCGGCCAGGAGUGCGGAGGGCUAGCCUUAUUUUCUCAAGUUUUAUAAGCACUGUUGCAUUCCUAAUUUUUGAAGAAAGUUGUUGCAAAAGAGGGCUCGAUGUGUAUAUAGAUUGUUUGCUCCGUGUUCCAGUCCACGAGAGUCGAACUGGGAGUACAAAUGGGGUGGUGACUACACCCCCAGCCACAGCUUCCAAUCAUCAACGCACAGAACUGGCUUCAGCCAGUAUCCAGGGACUUAGCCUGUGCCUCCUUCGUAGAAUCAUUCUCACACUUACUCAUCCAUCAGGAAAACAUUUGUAUACUUUCUUCAGCUAUUCAGUCUGUGAUCAUCAACAUAUUCUGCAAGUCAAAGAGGAUUGAAAUUCUUUUUAAUAUAGUGAAUGAUGAGACUCCUUUAGUGGGAUUGAAAUAUAUCAUUCUUCUUUCAAUAUCUAUUUAGGAGAAUGUCAUAUCAACAGCUAAUUAAUAGAAUCCACCUAAAUAUUUUAGUAUUUUAAUGAUUUUUAUGUUUUAGUUAAUAUGUAUUUUGUAUGUUAUAAAUUACAUCUAGAAAGUUCUGAAUGAAGCAACAUGAUUUAUAAAACUUUGAAUUUAAAAAUUAGUGAUAUUGAUUAAAUGGGAAAUAUAAGUUUUACAUAAUAAAAUAAUUUCUGCUUAUUUGUCUCCUGAUAAUUUAACAUUACUUUAUAUAUAAUGAAACACUUAUAUUUUUACAUAUCUUUUGGUUAGAUGAUAGCAUAAUCUGUUGAUAUAAUAUGUAUUUAAAUUUUGAAAGAAAAAAAAGUUAUACCAAAUGAUACAAUCUGAUACCAUUAUAUUUUUUAGUAAUUACACUCUUAAACUUAUCAGCAAUUUUAAUUGGCUACAAUUGGAUAUAUCUGAUUUACAAUACUUUUUGCAUAUAGUUGAUAACCUAAGUUAGUGUAAUAAUCACAGGCUGAAUUCAGCUGCUGGAUCUGUGCAAAUGAUGCAACUUAUCAUUUUCAUAGAAAAAUGGAUCUUUUGUGUGUGUGUAUGUGUGUGUGUGCACUUGGAACAAAGAUUGUAUAGUAUGUUUUCUUGUUCCAAAAAAAUAAAUAAAAACAUUUUUCCACUGGAGGAACUGCUGUAAACUGACGACAAUGCUGAAUGUUUCUGAUGUGUAUGCAUAUGCCGAACCUGUAUACAAUGGUUUUGCAUGCAUGCAGUUGCUUUUGAUAAAUGUAAUGUUUACAAAAAAAUGAAAAUUUGUCCCUGUUGCAGUUAUUCUGAAAUCAUUUAUUUCUUUCCAUUUGUGCAUUAUUUUCGAAAACUUGAUUCAGUAUGUUGCCUGAAGUCGAGUAUCUAAGUUGUGUUAAAAUUUGAAAUUCAGUUCAAUAAAGUUCUUAAAAAAUCUUUUGAUGGUUUGGUAAUUAGUUUGUAAAUAGUUUGAGAAUAACUUUCAUUGUACAAUUAGAAAACAAAGAAUUUUUUUUCCUUAUUAUUAUUAUUAUUAUUAUAACUGAAUUAUAUUAUACUCUUUCAAAAUUCUUCAUUAAUUUGAAUAAUUGUUUUAAUAACGUUUCUCAUUUAAAUAAUCUUUAAAGAAAAUUCAAAAUCGGUAACUUACCUACUUAACCCUGUGAUGCAUCCUUUAAUUCAUUUUUUUUAAAUUUUAAAUUCUUUAACGUAAAUAAUUUUUAAUGCAGAAAUACGAUUAGAUAUUUUAUAGAUUUCUUUAUUAGUAUUCCUCCAUUAGAAAAAGAAUCAGAUAUUUCUAAUAGUUAUUUUAUUAUUAUUAAACUUCAUUUGAAAUAAUAGAAUUUUAAAGUUUUAAUAAUUAUCAAUAAAACCAAAUUGGUAACUUUUAAAUGAUACUUUUACUAUUAUUUUAAAGUUUCUAUUUAAAAAUCUCUAUUCAUCAAUUACAUUUUUUUAAAGAUAUGUCAAAAGGAAUAGAUAGCUAGUUUAAUUGUUACUUAGCCCAUUUAGUAAACUAUUAUAUAAAUUUUUGGACUAAACAUCUAAAUCUACAUGAAUGUUUAUUUUUUUCUGUCAUAAAUAUCUUAGUUGAAAUAAUAAAAACUAUGCAUUGUAGGGUUAAUCUUAUUCAAUUUGUUGAGGGCAACUACUCGACUGAAUGCAAUUCCCUAUGAUACCAUGAAUGUUAAUUCUUUUAGUAGGAAUUUCAUUAUGCUUAAAUGUGAUAUUUAUUUGUUUUAUUCUGGUAUUUUAGGAUUUUUGUUUUUAUAACAUGGUUUGAUGAAAUAUAAUCUGAAUAUCAAAGUACAAAUUUCAUCUACUGAAUGUAAUUGAAUAAUAUCCAAUGCAUGCCAGAUGUAUAUUUUGAUGAAGCUUAUCAGUAACUGAUUGAAAUGCCUGAGAGUUAGAAAUGGCAUUUUGUUUUGUUUUGUUCUUUCCAAAAAUUGUUUUAUUUCUUUUAUUGUUUUUGCGCAUGACAUGUGAAUAAUACCUUUUUCCAGAAUAAUUGUUCAAUGUGUUUAGCUAGAAAAAAAACUGAUCAUGCACUUGUAUGUAUAUGUUGGUUUUUGGUUGACCUGCAUUACGAAGGUUAUACUUUCUCUCUAACUAUAUUACUCUGUAUACUAUUUUAACUAUAACUAAUUACUCCUAUUUUAAGAACUUGUUCCACUAAAAGAGCUGAUAUUUAUGUCUCUGCUGAGGACGUUUCUCUAAUAACAAAACAACUCAACAAUCAGUUCGGUACGAAGAGGAACGAGCAUUUUGUAUAUCGGAACGCUUGAAUAGGACACUAUUUUCAAAUGCGAAAUAAAGUUUGUGUAUGUGUUAUGCUGUCAUUCAAGCUGUAUGAAUGGAGACUUUCUUUUUUAAAACCAAAAUUGUGUUUAUUUUUUCCUUUCGAAUAGAGCUGGAGAGUACAAAUAUAAAUAUCACUAUUUGGAUAAGAAUGUACAUCCUGCAUUUUGUUUCUUUUAAAUUGUAUUUCAGAUAGCAUAUGGUUUUUGUAAGGAUUACCUUUUCAUUUACAAAAAUAUCAAUUUGUUGUAAAUAAAGAAACUGUUGAAA